UCAAUAAAUUAAUUUUAUUCCAAUUCGUUUUUUUAAUUUAGCAGGAUUUUUGCUAGAAAUAUUAUGUCAUUUGCAUAUGUCAAAAGACCAAAUCUUUUAUCUUUUUAUUACCACACUUUCUCUGCUUCUCUUCUCAAUUUUUGUUCUAGAGAUUUUCCAUAUACAGUUUGAAUAGUAUUGGGUUCAGAAAGGAUCUUUUAUGUAUUUUCGUUAAUUUAGUUACAAUGGAUGACCAAUAUGCUAUAGUAGAAUUUAACGAUGGGCUGCAAAUGAUACCUUCUUCUUGGUUAACUAAAGACAAGAAACAGGCAUAUUGGCCUACUUUUACAUCAACUGAACGAUUUUCCAAAGCUGUACAAAAAUGUAUACCCAAAAUGGACUCUUGGCCGCUGUAUGAAGUUAAGAGAAUUUUAGCAACUGCAAAUAAAUACGAAACAGGAAUGAUUAAACUAAAAAAAGCAGAAUUUAUAUCAGAUAUAAAUUCUGAAAGUGAUGAUGAAACAUCAAAAAGAAAUAGAAAAUAUAGAGCAAAAACCGUUCUUAGUAGCGAUGAAAUAAGUUCAAAUGAAGAAGAAAAUAUUGUCAAAGUACCAUCUUAUCCAAAAGUGCCAUCUUCAAAAGUACAAAAGAAAAAUAAUAAUAUGGAAUCAAAUAAAAAUCCAGUAAAUAAAAUAUUUAAAAGCAAAGAUGUAUUAAAACAGAUAGAAAAUGAAAAUAUUAAUCUAUCAACAACUACACCUUCAAAGAAAAGUAUAGAAACAAAUAUACAUUUAAAGAAAACAAGUGUAGAAAGACACGAUUCAAUUAAUAACACAGAACAUGAUUUCAAUCAUAAUAUAAAAAGUGCACACGACCCUCAAGCUUAUUUUAAAACUGAUUCUGUUAAUACUUCAAUAACACAGUUUGAACGAUAUAUUAUUCGAAAGCUAUUAGAUAUAGAGCAUAAAAUUUCAUCAAUACAGGAACAACAAAGAAAUAUUAAUACUAAAGUAGAUUAUAUUCAAAAUCAAAUUCAAACAUUUGGGUUAGAUGAUAAAACAAAGAAAAAAGAUGUUGAAUCAGACUACAUGGAACUCUUUCCUGUAGAAACAUUAGAAAAAUUACAAGAAUUAGAACAACUAUUAAUUAAUGACAAGAUUAAUCGUAAAGCAUUAAUGAAACAACUGGCACGAAUUGGUGGGACAGACAUUAAGUCAAUAACAUUUAACAUAUUACGACGAAUUAUGAGCGAUUCAGUCGGAAGUGCAGUAAGAAUUUACUUUCCGGAAGCUACUGAACAAAAUAUUUCACAGCCCAUCAAAUCUUGGUUGAGACAUGCAAACGAACGUAGUAAUAAGAAAAGUAUGUUG